AUGGAGGCUUGGCAUGGCUCGGACAAGUUAAUUACCCCUUAUACUAGAGGAACAUUGGUAAAGGAAGAGAGUGCAUCUUCUUUGAGCCAUCAGUUUCACCUGCUUGAAACUAAACCAAAUGGUAACCAACAUAUUUGUCAAGACUCUCCUGUUAAAGAAGAGUACGCCAUUUGUAUGGAAUUAACCACAUCCCUAAUUCUAAUGGAUGAAUUCAAAACAUUUUUGAAAUCUGCUGGCUGCAAACUUGUAGUGGUUGAAUUUUCAGCAAAAUGGUGUGAUGCCUGCAAAAAGAUUUGUCCUCUUGUUCAUGCAAUGUCUCUGCAAUACCAAAAUGUAAUGUUUGCUAGCGUGGAUGUGGACAAUUCUUGGGAACUGGCCCAAACUUACCACAUCAGAGCAAUACCCACAUUUCAGAUGUUCAAGCAAGCCCAACAGAUUUUUGAAUUUUGUGGAGCUGAUGCUAAAAAAUUGGAAGUGAAGAUUCAAGAACUAAUGUAA